AACAGUUAGGCGAGGAAGGUUCGUCAAAUUGUGUACGGUGAUUUUGUAAUUUUUCGUGUUUUCAUCGUGGUCGCUUGUUUCGAAAUCGAAAUAAUCGAAGGAAGUUGAACGGGAUCGAGUUUUCGUAUGUGCGCAGUGCGUUCAAAAAUAUACGGAAAAAGAUAACUGUUUCGACAUACACGUGAAGAAAGAAAGUGAAAAAGAAUGACAAGCAUGAGGCAGUUCGUUCGUUAUGCACGUAGACUAGGCCAGAUAUCAGAGAGUGGGACAAAAGUUGUAAACCGGUUCGUGAAAUAUGCAUCCACUCAAGCCCAACACAAAUUCAUAGAGGAUGAAAAUGGGAAAAAAAUUUUUCCUUCGCCGUAUGGUGAUUUCACGCCUUCCGAUACUCUCGUUCAUGAACACAUAUGGAAGAAUGUCGAGAUGUUCCCUAAUCACAUUGCACUGGAAUGUUCGAUAACCGGGAAGAAAUACACGUACGCUGAAGCGAGGGACACGAGUAAUUAUAUCGCGAGAAGUUUGAGGAAUAUGGGUUUGAAGAAAGGUAACAUGGUGGCUCUGGUAACGCCCAAUCAUCCGGAAACGAUUUUAGCUGCUGUCGGUGUCUUAGAAGCUGAUCUUAUUCUCACUACCAUGAAUCCCACUUACACAAUCGAGGAAAUGAAGAAACAAAUAAAGGAUUGCGGGGCAACUGCGAUCAUUACAGCUGCAGAAAUUGCACACGUUGUAUUUGAAGCAAGGAAAAAUACUUCUGCAUCGCGAGGACCUUUCGUGGUUAUCGAGGAUGGCACCAGAUCUAUUCCCGAAGGCAGUGUGCCGUUCAAGGAUCUUGUCACACGAGGUAAAACAUUACCGCCCAUAACGCAUUAUCAAAUGACCUCGAAUGAUCUAGCCAUCUUGCCAUAUUCCAGUGGAACGACUGGGUUGCCGAAAGGUGUCAUGUUGACGCACAAGAAUUUAGUAAGCAAUAUGGAGAUGGUAGAACAUACGGCGCAAGAAAGAAUGUGGCAGAAUACAACUGCCGAUUUUCAAGAGGUGGUACCCCUAGUUAUACCCUUCUUCCAUAUUUUCGGAUUGAAUGCCGCGGCGUUGCCUCGUCUUCAUAGCGGUUCAAAAAUAAUUACUGUUCCAAAGUUCACGCCGGAAAUAUUCGUGGACGUUUUACAGAAGCAUAAAAUAACAGGUUUAUUCGCGGUACCAUCUUUAAUCACGUUUGUAAAUAUCUGUCCUUCGCUUAAAAAGGAGAUUUUCCAAAAUGUACAUCACAUUAUCACUGGGGCGACACCAUUGCCUGAGGUGGAUGUAGAAAGAUUUUACGAAAGAUUUCAGAUAAACAGCGAUGACUUGAAAUUCUCUCAAGGAUAUGGAAUGACGGAAACUUCACCGGUUAUCUGCAUGGAUUCGUGGAGUCGAAAAUCGGCAAGUAUCGGACAAAACAUUGCCGGCUGCGAAUUACGACUAGUCGAUCCAGCAACGAACGAGGAUAUUUCUAUACCUGGUCAAAAGGGAGAAAUAUGGGUCAAGGGGCCUCAUAUCAUGAAAGGGUAUUUAAACAACGAGGAGGCGACGAGAGAGAUGAUUGUCGAUGGUUGGCUGAAAACUGGGGACAUUGGUUAUUUCGACGACGAGUUUUAUUUCUUUGUCACGGAUAGAAAGAAAGAUUUGAUCAAAGUUAAAGGAUUCCAGGUACCACCAGCCGAAUUGGAAGCUUUGAUAAAAAGACAUCCAAACGUUGUGGAGGCAGCUGUGAUUGGUAUUCCAAACGAAAGGUUCGGCGAGAUACCCAAAGCUUUCGUAAUUCUCAAGGAAGGUAGCAAGACGACAGAUGAUGAUAUCAAAAAUUUCGUAAAAAGCAAAGUGUCGGAAUAUAAGCAACUCAGAGGAGGAGUGACAUUUGUUGACAAUAUACCAAAGAACGCAAGUGGAAAGAUUUUACGAAACAAGUUGAAAAACGAGUACAAAUAAUAAAAAAUUUGUGCACAAGAUUGAAGGAGGAAAUUUCACACGAGGCCUCGAUUUACAGUUCGUAUCAUAAUGGAAUCAAUUAUCGAUUAAUAACAGGGUACGAUUAAUCAUUUCUGUAAAAUCGUUUGGCCUAAUGACAUAUAAAUCAUUCAACUGUUAUAUUGAUAUAUGGUGAAAGAUAUGUUAAUAAUGUUUGUUCACUUGUUUCGUGUACAAUAUUGUUAUCUCGUAAGUGCCUUACAAGUGUCUUAUUGAUUACAAUAAUUUUUUUAAUAUUUUUACACACACACACAUAUAUAUAUAUAUAUACACACAUAGCUAUUUUAAAAGAAUGGGUUUAGUAAAAAUGAAUACUUAUGUACUUAUUAGAAUAGCAGGAAUACGGU